CUCGGCGCAUGCGCCCGCGCCGCUGGCAUUUGGAAUAUGUGUGUGUUUCUCGAUAUUGUUUUGUUUCUCGAUAUCGUUUUGUUUCUUAAUAUCGACUUGUUUCCCGAUACUUUGAAAUUAGUUCGAUGUGAUUUUAAGUGAUUGUAUGUGAAGUGUUUGUGAUUUUAUGGUUUAUAUCGAAUUAGAUAUCCAGUUCGCCACGGCCUGCUGCCCGCAAAAUUUUCACUGCGACAGAAAAAACUAACUUGGACCAAUUCCAAACGUUAUGACACUUUGAAUCGUAUAAAAAUAGAAAUGUGUUUACGUAAAGCAUAUUAGGAAAUACCGAAAAUACGUAAAGAUAAAGUAAAAGAGAAUAAAUCAUCUGUCUAAUAGAAGUCGACAUCAAUGUGUGCCAUAUGGAAUGAAUUUGAAAGGAACGAGAUCGAUGGGGUUGUGACAGUGGCGCGGACGUCGCGUGGACGUGCUGGAGAUGACGCGAGAUAUGAAUUUAUGUGUUUUGAUGAAGUUGAUUGUUAUACAAACGUUGAUCGGAACCAGCUUAGAGAUCAUCGAGGCCAAUGUAAUCCAAGUGUGGUCUCCGCCAGGGGGCACCACGCGGCUGCCGUGCGACCUCGCCGCCCCCGCGCGGGACGUCGCCAUGACGCUUUGGUUCAAAGAUGGAGACAGGAUGCCUAUAUACACGGUAGACUUCAGAAACGGUCCGCCAGUUCACUGGGCAGUAGCCGGAGAGUUCGGUGCUCGAAGUCACUUCGUCCUCAACGAAUCGGAUCCGUCGUCAGCUCACCUUGCGGUCGACAAGGUGGCUCGCUACGACGAGGGCAUAUAUCGCUGUAGGGUCGAUUAUGUCGACUCACCGACUAGAAAUUACAGGGUCAAUCUGACUGUUGUAGUGCCACCGGAGUCACCUCGAAUAUACGACUCUGAUGGUCAGGAAAUCACAGGCUCGAUUGCUGGGCCUUUUCGAGAGGGAUCCAAUCUGCUUCUCUCUUGUCAGGCAGCUGGAGGCAAGCCGUCACCGGAUGUCUCUUGGUACCGAGGACAGGAACGCUUGGCCAUUACAAAAGGAGGCUCCGUGUGUCAGUUGCACCUGCAAAGGUUGUCUCGGGAAUUUUCCGGCACGACGCUACAGUGUCGGGUGGAGCCUCCGCUUUUGAAGGCUCAGUACAGAGAUGUUACCAUUAAACUCUUUUUAAAGCCUCAAUUCGUCCGUGUGACGGGGUCGGGCACUACGCGCGCCGGACACGAGCGGUCUUUCGUGUGCACUACGCGCGGCUCCAAGCCCGCACCUAACAUCGACUGGUUUAUAAACUCGCAGCGCAUCGACUCUGCUAUGACUGAGAUGGAUGUAGAAGGAGAAGUAACGCGAAGUGUGCUGACUUGGCGAGUGAGGAGAGAGGACAGCGGGAGGCAACUAGUCUGCCGAGUGUCGAACCCCUGGUUUCCUGCUUACACGUUAGAAGACUCUGUCACGUUAGAUGUAUUUUAUCCUCCUGUCGCACAAAUAUCAGUAGCAUCGCCGAAAGAAUCGCAUUUAUUGCGGGAAGACGGCGAUGCUGUCCUAAUGUGUUCCUCCGACGCAUCCCCGCCUGCGACUAAUUUCACCUUUUACAAAGGUCUACAGGACCACUUAAUCCACGACGAUCCGAUUGGCGGCAUCUCAGUGGAAGGUAACAGACUGAUACUGCGCGGUCUGCGGCGACACCACUCUGAGAGAUAUCGCUGCCGAGCUCGCAACUCCGAAGGCAGUGGAUUGAGUGAACCGCUUACUUUAAAUGUGCUCUCGAGACCAGAAUGUUCGGCGGGGAGCAUCGUGCAGCAGCUGGCUGGCGCUCCCGGAGGCGAGGUGCGCGCGCGCUGUUCCGUCACCGCACCUUCUUCUCGUGAUGCUGGUCCUUUGAGGUUUUACUGGACGUACAAUGGUACCAAGGAUGUUCUGCCGAUACCAGCUGCCAACAUAACAGUGUCAGGCUCAAGUAGCACAGUGAUACAUGGUCUGCCAGACAGUAGCUCCGAUGACCUCGGCUGGUUGGCAUGCUGGGCCAGCAACGACAUCGGCAACCAGCGGGAUCCCUGUCUCUUUAGAAUUAUGCCUGCUGCGUACCCGGAACCACCUUCGAAUUGCGAGAUCGAGGACGAGAUCCUACGCUGCGAGGCGGGGCACGACGGCGGCCUGCCGCAGCGGUUCAUCCUGGAGGCGCUGGAGGUACGGCUCCGCGACCCGGACCCCCGGGAACUCGACGGCGACUCCAUGAGCGACCAGGGAAUUUCUGGUCGUGGUCUUAGCGAGACAGUGUACCGUGCGAGCAAUGAUGUCAUACCGCAGUUCCCUCUGGACGCGCUAAGUCCCGGUCGGUACACGUUCUUGGUGUACUCCGAGACGCCCCGCGGCAGGUCGCAGCGGCCGGCCGCACUGCACAGCGUACCUAUACGAACCAUUGAUGAUCUGGAUAGACCGGGAUCUCUACAAACAAUGACACCGGGGCCGCCGCAGCAGACGCCGAGUGACAACAGCGUGGCGCUGCUCAUAGGAGCGGCGCUCGCACUGGUUCUACUAACGAUACUGACUACUCUCUGUGUCACAUUAGUUGUUAUGUGCAAGAAGAAAACGAGGCCACGACGAGAGAACGAUGAAAGCACGGUGUUACGGCGCAGUGUCGGCGUGUCGAUGUACGGCGGGUCUAUGACACAAAGCGUGAUGCCGACAGUUGUGGUCCGUGGACAUCGCGGCUCGCGGGUACUGGCGGCGCGGUGGUCCGGCGUACUGGAUGACACACCGUUAGCCGUGCUAGCUCUAGAUACUAGGGCACAUGUCGAUACUGAUUCGUGCCGUAGUGACAUGGAGCAUCAAGAAACAGACCUGACCAGUAACGUUGGUGACAUGGAAACACAGACAGACCAAUGAACAA